UACCGAUAUUAUAUCAGCAGCGAACAAACACAAACUCAUGAUUAUAUCCUACAAACUUUCAGCCGUCAGGUAACAGUCUCCAAGAGAUUUUUACUCGCUACUACGGAAACUGAUGCUCACACUAACGAUUACGUUACGCAUACAGUUAAACCUGUAUAGAACGGUCUCUCAGUGAGAACGACAUACUUGUCCAUCUAGAUAGGUGUCCGUUCUAUUCUAUCCGAUUCUAUUCUAUCCGUUCUAUUCUAUUCUAUUCUAUUCCGUUCAUUCUAUCUAUACACGGCUAUCGCAGAAUUAACUGUCUUAAAAAAAAUCCCAAUGUAUUUAUCCAUGACCAUAUCAGGAAUACCUAGAGAAGAAACCUUCUGUGUUUCUGUGCAUAUCUGCACCAGGUGCAUGCACGCGCAAGGUAGCGCAUGCGCAAACCCUCUCGGAUAGUUUCGUGUCACUGGCGUCAUCAUUUAAUUACGUUAGAUUUCUUAUUUGCUUUCAGCUCCCGUAGCGUUUGCAGCGCAAAAGAACGCGGAGAACUUUUUCUGAAUCAACGUUAUAUCAUAUCGUGCACUUGCUAAUGAUUAGGAUUUGAGCAGAUGGGUCAUUAAGAACCGCGUACUUAUAUAUAGGUCCGCUGAAAUGCCGUCGCUGCGAAACACGGUAUUCAUUGUCGCGAUAGUCGUAGUCAGUCAGAUUUUCCUGUGCUCGUGCUCCGUAAUUAUACCUGGUUUGCAAUCCACAUGUGUGUCUGCACAUGAAAACCUCAUGCUCGGUGGAAUAUUCCCAGUUCACGGCUAUGGCGCUGGACACCGAGACGACAACGAGUGUGGCGCGCUCAACCCUUACUCUAUCGAGUUUGCGUUGGCUAUGAUAUACACCAUCGAGCGUCUUAAUGCCGACGAGAGAAUUCUGCCGAACAUCUCACUCGGGUACGUGAUAUUUGACAGCUGCGGCAAGGACACGAUCGGUAUGUCGCAGGCGCUGCAAUUCGUGACCGUUACCCGCGAACACCAUCGAGCUGCUAUCGAGAAAUGGCGCGACAUCGCAGCUGCACAAAUCGACUCGACGCGUGCCGGCAACCCAAGAAAUAAAUCGGAGACGAACGGCCGAUCAAAUCCACGACAGAUGUUGUUUGCAGCUGGUAAGCCUAGAGACCGUGGUGAAGUGAGGGCAACUCGGCAAGUUCAUAUUGAUGAGUCGGGGCAGCUAUCGCCAACUGUUGACGCAACCGGCAUCGAUGAUGACAUUGCUACUGACGAACAUAAGAAGUGCUCGACCAAGGACGUGGUUGGCGUCAUCGGACCGAUAUACAGUGAAACGAGCGAGCUCGUGGCUCCCAUACUGGGCGUUCUACAAAUACCGCAAGUGAGCCCUUCCUCGGGCAGUGACGACCUAAGCAUAACUCGCGAACUUCCGUAUUUUCUACGCACGGCGCCGCCGGAUAUUAACCAGGUUCACGCCAUCUUGGCGCUAGUGCAGCGAUACGGGUGGAGCUACGUUGCUGUGCUUGCCACCGUCGAUGGUAAUGGCGAACAUCUCGCCCAUAUCCUCGAGGUUGAAGCAAAGAAGAUGUCUAUCUGCUUCAGCGUACGUCUGUGGUUAGCAAUGGACGUCGGCGGCGAAAAUCUGCACCGGUUUAGCGCACAAUUACACGCACAAGAUGCGAACGUCAUCAUAUCUUUUAUACGGCCAGACAAGCUUUAUGCCGUGCGGCUGGAUCUCGAGCGGAUGGGAACACCGACAGAUAGAUUCGUAUGGCUGUAUAUUAUAGAAAGCGCCACACAUUACAUCGGCAGUCUCGAGCGUGUCUCCGACGGCGCCAUCUUUUUACGGACUUGGUCUCCUGUCGAUCAGAGUGACUUUUCCAACUGGCUGUCCUCGAUGACGUUGGGCAACUAUGGGCAUAUUCGCUGGUUCCGUCAGUACUGGGAAAAAACACAGAACUGUUCGUUUGUUGAAGGUACGUGCACAGAAGACGAAACUGUUGUGAUUAGUCAUCAGAAACGACUUUUGGAAAUCACAGAUAUCACCUACAAUAUUAGAGUAGCUAGAAGAGGCCCUAGGCAUGAGUUUUGUGGAACACCCCACUUGCAGUCGAAGCUGUCUGAUAAAGUCCCACGUAUUGACACGCGCUGUGAUCUAUGUGACAAAUAA